AUGGUGGGCGCCGGCUCAGCGGCGGCGCGGGCGCUGCACUCCGCGGGGGCCGAGGACGGGGGGCGGCGGCCGCAUGCCCCGCGCGCAGCCAGGGAUCACGGCGCCCGCGGCUGGGCGGGAGGCGGUGGCGGCUGCGCUGGCCCGCGCCCCGCCGCCACCAUCCCUCCCGGACCGCUCACAGCCGAGUCGCGGGCCCGCCGCUGCCCUGGCCGGCCGGCCGGGACGCCCGGGGUGCAGCUGCUAGGGACGUCCCCGGCGGGCGGCUCUGGGCAGGGGAGGGGCUGGCUCCGUGCUGCGGCCGCGACUUGUGCCCGGAGACGCGCCCCACGCCGAGGCUCCCCUGCGCGCCGCACACUCUGCCCUUCGCCUCCGCCCCUUCCCCUCCUCCCCCCGGCCCGCCGGGCUCCACUUUCCUCCCCUUCUUUCUCCUCCCCUUCUCUCCCCUGCCAGGCCCCCGCCCGGCCGCCAGACGGUCAGUUUACGGCGAGGCGGGGUGGGGCGGGGCGAGCUCUGGGCCGGGCCAGCUCCGCCCUGCGCGGGGACGGCUGGGGACUGGAGGCCCGACGGCGCCCAGGUGGAAGUCCCUUCCGGCGCACUCGUGGGGUGGGGAGUUCGCAACAACAGGGUAGGGGUCCGUUCCGGGUUCUCGGCAGCCUGUCCCUGCGGGAGGGGGGCGGGGCGCGCUCCCUGCGGCCAGCCCAGAUUGCUCGGGCCGAAGGCGGUGGCGGACACAGAGCAGGUACUGUGGGAUCCCGCCGUGACCCUCUCGGCCCCUCAAAGCCUCGCGGCCAGCUGGGCCCUCGGCGGAGGCGGGACGCAGGCGCCCGCGCAUGCAACCUCAAGGCGACGAUCUGCGUGGGGAGAGGAGAGCACGGGGGGCCUGGAGGCACAGAUGAGAAAAUAGAAUACCAGAGAAAUUAAGUGAUGUGUUUAAAUGUCACAUCCAUGGAUGGGGACCAAGCCAUGGCUAUUUACAAUAGCAGGGAGCUUCCUCCUUGCUCUUUCUCUUUCAUUUGAAAGGGGGAGAAAAGAAUAGAAAAGAAAGGAAAAGAAAAGAAAAAGAAGAGAAAGAAAAAAGUCUUCGGGGCUCCUGGAUUGAAGAUACAACUGCCAGGUCCCUGUUCUGCCCUGAGGCAUUUCACCCUGCAAAGCCACACACAAAACCCAGAG